AUGUGGCCCGUGCCAUCGCUCCGCUGGUCACAGCCUGCGUUCGAGGGAGGUCUGUUGUCCAGAUGUUGGAACGUUUUUUUAUUUUUUAUCUUUAUGCUCUCUUUUCUCUUCAGUGUCAUUCCUCAGACUCACUGAGCAAAUGGUACAUUUUACAGUCGUCAGUUCAUGAUUUCCCUCUUUUGGUAUCUAGUUUUAACCCUAAAUGCAAAACAAAGUUAAAUCAGUAAUUAAAAAACUAGUGUAUUGGGGUUUGAUACAUUUAUAUUGGUCUUGCAUGUCCUGACCACACAUCCUGUUUUAGUACAAAUUUAAACUCGAGGUUGUUUUUAUGGGGUUGUCUUAUUGUUGAAAACCAGCCACAAAUGUGUGCGUGUAAACUGACAUGUGUGUGUAUACUGACGUGUUUGUCAAAGACCAUGGAUGAAAAAAAAACGAUUUUCGCAGUGUAAACUGGGACCGGGCAGGAGAGAAAUUUGGUCAUUCGUUUGCAUGCGUAAAGACAUUGGUUUUAGCUAGAGAAAGAGGGAGGAGACGCGGUUAAGGGAGUAAUCCAACCACUCCGGGUAAAAAGGACAGAUUAGAUGUUUCAUAUUCCGCCGUUACUGUACUGUGCCGAGACACCAACUGCGCGCAAGGCAUUGGAACGACAUCCUGUGUGCACACCCACAACCAUGCACACAUUUUUUUCCCGGAGGAAUAAAUUCACUUGAUACAUUGUAGCCAAUGUGGAAGAGUUAAGACGGAAUCACGGUUUCUCAAAAGAGCAAAUUCAUUUAUCCAUAGAAGAUCAGUGGAUUUUUUUGUACAACUGAUUGACGACCGACUUCCUGAGUAAUAUGUUCAACUUGCUUGGUGGAUCCUGUUCUUUCCCUCCUCAUUCUCCUCUAUCCCUCUGUUCAUUUUUUGUUUUCUUUAUUCAUUGUACCCUAUGAGGAGAAUUAACCUAUCCCUCCUUUCAAUCCUAUUCAAAAGCGGCAGGGAAAAAACAGAGGGAGAUGGGAGCAGCAAAUCCCUUUUUUAUUCCACUUGUUGCGCUCAAUAAGUGAAGAAUGUGUCGCCUAUCAGUCACCGAGGGGAUCAAGUCUACAGGACGAUCCCACGCGAUCAAUGGCUUGUACAGAGCAUCAGUGAGAUAGAGAGAGAGAGGCAGACAGGAGAAGCGGCAGCAGCAGCAGCAGCAGCAGCAGCAGCGGCAGCAUCCCUCCUGAGACCUCUGGUUAGAGCCGAAGAUUCUCUGACUCGCACGCUUUGAAGCAUUUUACCACUUUUUCUGCAUAUGCGGACAAUUUCCUUCGUUUGAAGAUUUUUUUGGAAUGUGGAGUGAUAUCAUGCGUAUACUCGCACUGCUCCUCGGGGUUAAAGCCGCUUGCGUCCUGCUGGUCUCAUCGGUCCCUGGCACGGGAGCGGUUAACAAUAGCGGCCGAUGGUGGGGGAUUGUGAAUGUUGCCUCCUCAGCCAACCUCCUCACCAACUCCAAAAAUGUGCAGUUGGUCCUGGACCCCAGCCUGGCUCUGCUCAGUCGUCGCCAGCGCAGGCUGAUUCGGCAGAACCCUGGCAUCCUCCAUGCCAUCGUAGCGGGCCUGCACACGGCCAUGAAGGAAUGCAAGUGGCAGUUCCGCAACCGCCGCUGGAACUGCCCCACCACCCACAGUCCCACCGUCUUCGGCAAAAUAGUCAAUCGAGGUUGCCGAGAGACGGCGUUUGUGUUUGCCAUCACGAGCGCGGGCGUGACUCACGCGGUGGCGCGCUCCUGCUCCGAGGGGGCCAUCGAGUCGUGCACCUGCGACUACCGACGCCGCGGCCCCGGGGGCACCGACUGGCACUGGGGCGGGUGCAGCGACAACGUGGACUUCGGUAGGAUGUUCGGCCGCGAGUUUGUGGACGCCAGCGAGAGGGGCCGGGACCUGCGCUACCUCACUAAUCUGCACAACAACGAGGCCGGGCGACUGACGGUGUCCUCAGAGAUGCGGCAGGAGUGCAAGUGCCACGGGAUGUCCGGCUCCUGCACCAUCCGCACCUGCUGGAUGCGGCUCCCUAGCUUUCGGACGGUCGGCGACAUCCUCAAGGACCGCUUCGACGGCGCCUCCCGCGUGGUCUAUGCCAACAAGGGCAGCAACCGGGCCUCGCACCGGGCUGAGCCACGCCACCUGGAGCCCGAGAACCCAGCGCACAAGCCACCCUCGGCCCGCGACCUGGUCUACUUCGAGAAGUCACCCAACUUCUGCUCGCAUGGCGGCAAGACGGGCGUACACGUCACCUCGGGCCGGACAUGCAACAGCUCGUCGCCGGGGCUGGACGGCUGUGAGCUGCUCUGCUGUGGCCGGGGCUACAAGACCCACACGGAGAAGGUGACGGAGAGGUGCCACUGCACCUUCCACUGGUGCUGCCACGUCAGCUGCCUCAACUGCACCAGCACCCAAACUCUGCACCAGUGUCUCUGAUCAGAGCUGGAGUCGAGAGGAGAUGAACAAUAGCGGCUAGUGCUGUGCUCUGAUGUCCAACAACCUGGAACAGGACUAUGGGUUGUAUAUUUAAAAGGUUACAUUGAGUAGAUUAAGUCAAUGGUUUUGAGGUAGAAACUGGGUGACUGUCAAUAGUGCAACGGAAAAAAAAACUAUUCAGCCAGGUUGUGGGUAAUCACAAGUGGAAGCAUUCACAAGAGUGUGUGCUUACGGAAAAACAGGAAGAGGUCUUUUUUGGAAUUGACUUAUAUUUUGGGUUGAGAAGAGCUGUUGUGUUUAUCCAAUCUUAUCGGGUUAUUCUCAGUUUGCAUGCCCAUUAUUGUGAGGGAAUUUCAUGCGGUUAUAAUCAACAGGAGAUGUACAAAGUUUUCUCCAGCAACAAGCGCGCCUUACACUUUAUCAUAUCCGUGUCAUAGAGGCAAGAAUGCAUUUCCUAGACAGACUGAUUGAUAUGACCAUUUCCUAGACUACUGUGUGGCUUUCUCGGCCCACUGGAAAUGAUUAAAUGCUUGCUUCAACUUCCCAACUGCUCUUAUCAAGCCAAAAAAGGGAUGAGAACCACUAUGUAUAUUAAGGUGCUCCAAGACCAGGGUAGGGAGAGACAGGGUACUCGAGGGAUGGGCAGGGCAGAACGGGUCUAACUCUAAAAACAGUCUGAGGCAAAACUCUCUCCUCGUCCUGUUUGUCUUCAUACCAGCCGUCGUUUUUACACCCCCUCUCCCCAAGUGUCUGAUAGUUUGGGCAGACCAAAAAAAAAAAAAGAAAAAAAUCUAAAACUGGAGGGGAAAAACUGGACACAAUGUCUGACAGAUGUUUCUGUGGCCACAGAGCCACAAGCAUGUUCUCUUACUCUGACGUAAGAAACUCGCGCAAGACGGCAGUUAUUUAAGUUAUCUGUGAUUUGUUUUCUUUUGCUGCAGUUCUUCAAUUCUCACAUAAAACUGUGUGAAGUGCAUCUCCCGGGAAGCGCUGUCAUCUGCCCGGCUAAUAGGCUGGGAAGCUGCACAGCUUGGCCAGCCUCUUCUGUUUCCCCAUUCCAGCAGGCCAUCUUUGUGUAGGGUCCUCUCUUAUGGGAGCUGUUUCUAAUGCGUCUUAUCCAUCUCAGUAUUUAGCAUGCUGUGGCACCAGACCCAGACGGGGCACGGUGGACAAGCUUCCCUUAUACGCAAACAAACAAGAGACAAAUCUAAAAUGGAACUUAGACUUUAACAAUAAAAUGAAAUCAUUUGAAUGUAGUUUAAAUACACUGAACACACUGUAGCGACAAAUUCAUAUAGAGUUUAGAUUGGUGGUAUGGUUGGGCUAUAUCUAUGGCGAGAUAAUGGAGAGUGAGCGUAGUAUGUCUGAGUCAUUAGGUAAACAG